AUGGAAGCAUCGUCCGCCGAUUCUGCUCAGCUAGCUACUGCUAGGGCUAGGGCCAGGCAGCAGCAUAACCAGAUUCAGUCCAAGCUACUGCAAUGUCCUCCAGAGAUCCUCAAGAUUAUUGCUCUAUGGAUCCGCGACCCACUUGAACGGAUGCGCUUCAGUCAUAUAUGCUCUUUCCUUUUCAGCAUCACUUCCUCCCGUGAUUGGUUUGACCUAUUUUGCUUCCAUCACCCUUCCUGGUCUCGUGGUUGUAAACUUGAAGAUGAACCCGACAGAGAUGGUACAUCCAUGUGGAAAAAGAUCACAGUCAAAGACUCGUACCUAUUCAAAAGAUUGACGGCUGAUCUACCGCCAUUACCACCACCACUAACGUCAUUGUCGCUGCAACAAUCUUCCGAUGCCGAUGUCAAUGCCGAUGCUGAUGCCAGUGCCAAUGCCGAUGCUGAUGCCAGUGCCAAUGCCAAUAUUGCUAUGGAUGUUGACUCAGCUUUCGAACACACUAUACCAAAUUCUGAUGCAGUAUAUGUAAUAGCACCAUCAGAAACAGUGGCCUCUGAAGUAACCGGAGCUGCAUCAAUGUCAGAAGUAUCAAAUAAUGUCCAAACAAGAGUAGGUCGUCUGAGAGUGUUGCUUAAUGAGGCACAAGUUUUUCACUCAGAUACGACCACCACAAAUGGCAAAUGGAGACGCAUUGGUUCCCCUGUAUAUAACAUCCACUAUCCAUCCGACAGCAUCAUUUCAGCUUCGAUGCUCAUGCGACCUACAGCCACAGGUGGGGACUGCCUUCAAGAUCGCCAAAUCCUUCUAUACCAGCUGCCUGAUCUCACCAACCCGAUUGCUGUCUGUGGGAGCGAAUACUGGACAGGAGACUUAGAUCAGGGGAAUAAAUGGUAUCAUGAUCUACCUCGCGACCAGGUUACGGUCUGCCAAAUCAUGGACAUUAGACACUAUCCCGAGCAAAUCAUCAAUAGGAAAAUGAGAGUGGUGAUGAUCGUAGCCUUUGGAGAGAACUCACAACGUCAUCCUCAGGAUACAGCAGAAGAAUCAUAUGUUUUGGACAUCUGGCGUCUUUUGAAGGUUAUCGAGAUCUGGAUUCCGGCUUUCCCUAGACGGCCUAAUUCAGAUUCAAAUGGUGCAUUCAUGGACAAGGAAUCUAACCCGUGGUUUCGACAAACCGAACAGGAAACCCCAGCACGGGUACCAAGUAUUCCACGCAAGGGUCGAGUAGAGACUAUUUUUCCAAGUAGAAAUGACAAUGUACUCCGCGGUAGAAUAGCAAAGUUAUUCACCGCACCGCCUACAGGAGGAUCUUCAUCAUCUUUGCCAUCAUCUUCGCCAUCUUCAUCGUCAUCAACGGCAAUAGCAACAACAACAGCAGCAACGUCGUCUGGUGGCUCACGAGAGAGCCAAGAGAUGCUUGACUGCAUCGCUAUUUUCGGAAUUCAGGAUUCAGAUACUUCAGCAGCUAUGGUUAUUAAGAAAGUGCUCUUCCUCGAAGAUAAAGCCAAGAGUAUCGCAUCUUGGUCUAAAAAGCAAAUCAGUCGAGGCGUCAGCUGCAUGACUCUGUUUCCUUAUCAUAGUAAUUAUGAGCGCAUGCUUGUGUUGUUUAAUAGAUACGGGCGGGGCCUCAUAUGGGACUGGGUGAAUGAAAAGCAGGUUGCUCAGUUGCAUAUGCCCGUCGACCAUAGGCCGAAGUCUUUUCAGGAUAGACCCAAGGACUCUUCUGACUCUAAUGCUUCCUCAGCCAAUACAGCCGAUACAGCCGAUGCUACCAAUGCCAAUAUCAAUGCCAAUGCCAAUGCCAAUGCCAAUGCCAGCGCAAGCACUGCCUCUAUAAUUGCAAACACUACAGUUGCUCCAGCCCCAUCCAACGAAAUGACUUCCAACACUUCUACUGCUCCUCUCCCCACUUCAGUCGGUGCCCCAGUUAUAACACCCGCACCAGCGCCCAACCUCAAUGCCAAUCCUAAUCCUAACUCUAAUCCUAACCCCAACGUUGACCCUGCAGCCGCAGCCUUUGCUCAACAUCCUGAUUUGUAUUAUUGGGGAGUCCAGGUCAGUUGGGCAGUCGAAGUGCCUAUUCCACCCCGGAAGGAUCCUACACAGCGAUGCUCAUUUAGGAUUGUCAUUUUGGCAGAUGGUGCAGAAAAUGAAUGGGAAUCUUGCUGUUGGCACGUCGAUAGUACUGUACUCGGAACUUCGGAGCGUGAUUUGGAAGCACCUCCGUUUAUUCCACCGAACGAGAGGAAAGUGCGAUAUAAACCUUCCGAGUCACCAGAGAAUACAUUGUACGCCGAUUCGAAACGAUACGAGAGACAAACGAUUGGACACUGUUUGCCUGAACAAUUGGAGGCAAAUAAGGCCGAGGAGGGCAAGCCGAUUAUCUUUAUUGCAUAUGUCGUUUGGAAUCAUUUCCGAAUUGCAUUGACAUCCCAAAUGGGACUGACUAUCUUUGAUAUGGAGGAGCUUGGUACAAAGGAGCCCGAUGAGACACGUCCAGUGGAUCGGCAAUGGGUCACAUAUCUUGAUGAUACAAAAAACAAUCCAUUGGUGGAUAUAGCAACUGUUGGAGACAACCUUGUUAUCACUCGGCGCCACAGCCAUAUGGUAUGGUCGUUUUAUGGAUGA